CUGGCAAUAAAUAAUGACCCAGUGCCUGUUCGAAAAACGCAGCCUCAACAAUCUACUAACACCGAUUGCAGGUUUGCGAGCAGGGUUCCGAUGUUUCGAUGUUUCAGAAAACUUUUUUGGAUUGGGCAGUUCGUCGGGUGAUGUGUUUAUCUUUAGUCGAAUUUGUCAACGUCUUCUGCGGAGAGUGCCAGCAGCGUCGGCCAAGAUUGACCGUGUCGCUUUCAAUCCUGCCAAUGACAAUGUGUUCUGCGCGGCUUCAAAUCGUGGGGAGUUGGUCAUUAUUGAGCACAAUACUUUGCUCGUUCAUCCUCAGCCCUCAAAAGAGUUAUACCGCAGUGAGGCUCAUGCAAACUCCACAGUAUCCCAAUUGCUGUGGACAAGAUCAGGGUCAUGCUUUAUCGGUGGAGAUCACCGUGGCGUAGUUAGUGUUACGGACCUAUACGCACUAAAUGAUAUGGUCUUAUUUGAUAUAUCACCCACGAAUAUUCUUACACUUGAUAGUCGUAUUAUACAAAUUGAUACAUUUCGUGAUCGACUUGUGAUUUCUACACUCACGGCAAGCUAUCUGUGUGACCUGGAUGGUAAGCGUUUCACAAAAAUUGGCAAAAAAUCGCGAAAUGGUGUAUUUGGUGCAUGUUUCUCAGAAGCACUACCGGAAGAUGACGACUAUCCAACUGUGUAUUGUGUUAGGCCGGGUGGACGCUUAUGGCAGGCGAACAACUUCGGUGAGGUCGAUUGUACGCUUAGCUUUCGACAUGAAGGCUCAACUAAUAUAGACCACGUUCCGAUUCCACUGCACGGGACAACUAUGAAGAGAAAAUUGUUCGACAGAAAGGUGCAAUUCGGCGUCCUAUUUUCAAUAGACGAGCAGCUCAUGACAUUUACUGAUGAAGCUCUAUAUAUUUUACAGGUGCAAGACUGUGACUUUCCUUGCGUAGUUUGGCAGACCACGUCAUUUAGAAAUCGGAAAGUGAUUGAAUCAAAGGUAGAAAGCAGCUCAAUCUUUUUCAUGCACCAGGACGGCGCCCUUACCGAAUGGGGUUUCACAAUGAGCAUACUUCAAAAUGUCUUUUACAUCCUGCCAAGAUCGGAGCAACGUCUAACAGCCAUUUUGCAAAACAUAAACUGGGACCAGGUCUCAAAAUAUCUUAAUAUCAUUCGAAGGGAGCAAUUUCGUGGUAGGGAACUGAUGGUCCGAAGGUCUGACCUAAGCUUAGUACAGGUUAAAACAGAUUUCCGUAAUAUCCAAAUUUUAUCUAUACAAACACUCAUUGACAUUUUCCACUAUCUAGAAGGUAUAUUCUACUCUCUCGAUAAACGAUGGUAUGGCACUGUCGCAUUACUCGUUCUUCCAUGGCAUGAAUACUUUUUUGACAACUUGAGAGCUGUUCCCUUGCCAAGCAAUAAAUUCACAAAGGAAACCCCCCUGCUACCCACAAGAUCGAGCGAUCGACAGAAUAGUUAUUCUGAUGUUCCGAAAUCGAUAACUCUUCCAAAACAGGAAUCGGCAAUCCGACAUGCGCAUCGCAAACUUCUCGAUCGUAUAAGCCAUCGACUGCAAAAGGAAAUCGCGGACUCUCUUCUGGUUGAGAUAAGCGGCUUGUUAUGGGCAACGCCUCAUAUUCUGCAGGGACAGCGUUUUAUCGAUCAUCCGAUAGCUGACUGGGGCAUACGGAUAGACAUGUCAAACGACUGUGACAUUUGUGGCGAACGCUUAGUACUGCAUGACAUAGAAGAGGACGUUGUCAUUCACUUUUGCGGCCAUCUCUUUCAUGCCACCUGUUCAAUAUCUGACAGCCUUUGCUGCGUGUGUAUGCAAAAUAGCGAUGAUUAUACCAUCAAUAGAAUACUGGAGUGAUAGUCAAACACUGCGUACCGUGGUAAAUGACAGAUCCGAAAACAGCGCCGUCUGAAGUAAUGCUCAACAGUGGUAACAAAAAAUCUAAACCAUUAAUUAAGCAUGAAAACAGUACUUCUACGAAAUCGUAAAUUGAUAAUAAAAUACAGUUAUCCUAUCAGAAAUAAAUAUAUAGCCA